GGCGCGCGCCGGGAGGAAGCGGCCGCGCGGCAGCUGCGGGGCGUCGGGGCGGCGGCGGCCAAGGCCGAGGCUGAAGCGGCGGAGGCUGUGGUGAAGGCGGCGGCGCCUCAACCGGGGACGGUGCUCCGCUGGACCCCCUUUCAGGCUCUAUGGAGGCGGCAGCAAGCGGGGGCUGCGGCUCUGGACCGCCGCUGCUGCUGAGCGAGGGCGAGCAGCAGUGCUACUCUGAGCUCUUCGCGCGCUGCGCCGGCGCCGCAGGCGGGGGCCCCGGGUCCGGGCCCCCUGAGGCCGCCAGGGCCGCCCCCGGCGCGGCCACCGCAGCCUCGGGCCCCGUGGCCGACCUGUUCCGGGCGUCGCAGCUGCCCGCCGAGACGCUGCACCAGAUCACAGAACUCUGUGGUGCCAAGCGGGUUGGUUAUUUUGGUCCAACACAGUUUUACGUUGCCCUGAAAUUAAUUGCUGCAGCACAGUCUGGCCUCCCCGUGCGGAUAGAGAGUAUUAAAUGUGAACUGCCGCUGCCUCGCUUUAUGAUGUCAAAAACUGAUGCUGAGAUCCGGUUUGGGAACAUGGCUGAGCUGCAUGGAACUAAAGUUCAGAUUCCAUAUUUAAUCACAGAAAAAAAUACCUUCAAAAGAAUGGAUGAUGAGGAUAAACAGCAGGAAACGCAGUCUCCCACGAUGUCACCCCUCGCCUCCCCUCCUUCUUCCCCACCUCAUUACCAGAGGGUGCCCUUGAGCCAUGGCUACAGCAAACUGCGGAAAAGCACGGAGCAGAUGCAUCCAGCUCCUUAUGAAGCUAGACAGCCCCUUGUCCAGCCUGAGGGACCCUCGUUGGGGGGCCCAGGAGCCAAACCCCUUCGGCAUCAGGCUUCCCUUAUCCGGUCCUUUUCAGUGGAGAGAGAACUGCAGGAUAACAACAGUAGUUACCCAGAUGAACCGUGGAGGAUAACGGAAGAGCAGCGAGAGUAUUAUGUCAACCAGUUCCGGUCCCUUCAGCCUGAUCCGAGUUCCUUCAUUUCAGGUUCUGUGGCCAAGAACUUCUUCACCAAAUCAAAGCUUUCCAUUCCAGAACUCUCCUAUAUAUGGGAAUUGAGCGAUGCUGACUGUGAUGGAGCCCUGAGCCUGCCGGAGUUCUGUGCUGCGUUUCAUCUCAUUGUGGCCCGGAAGAACGGCUACCCACUGCCUGAGGGCCUGCCUCCAACUCUGCAGCCAGAGUACCUGCAAGCAGCCUUUCCUAAGCCCAAGUGGGAGUGUGCGUUAUUUGAUUCUUAUUCUGAGUCAGUGCCAGCAAACCAACAACCCCGUGACUUGAAUCGGAUGGAGAAGCUAUCUAUUAAAGACAUGGCCGACUUUCCUGUCCCUACCCAAGAUGUGACUGGUGAUGACAAACAAGCUUUGAAGAGUGCUACGGAUGAAGCCUUACCAAAGGAUAUGUCCGAGGAUUCAGCCACUCCUAAGGAUUCCAACAGUCUCAAAGCAAGACCAAGAUCCAGAUCCUACUCUAGCACCUCCAUAGAAGAGGCCAUGAAGAGGGGCGAGGACCCUCCCACCCCGCCACCGCGGCCACAGAAAACCCAUUCCAGAGCCUCCUCCUUGGAUCUGAAUAAAGUCUUCCAGCCCAGUGUGCCAGCUUCUAAGUCAGGAUUGUUACCUCCACCACCCGCACUUCCUCCGAGACCUUGUCCAUCGCAGUCUGAACAAGCGUCUGAGGCCGAGUUACACCCCCAGCUGAACAGAGCCCCUUCCCAAGCUGCGGAAAGUAGUCCAGCAAAGAAGGAUAUACCGUAUUCUCAGCCCCCAUCAAAGCCCAUCCGUAGAAAAUUCCGACCUGAAAAUCAAGCUACAGAAAGUCAAGAGCCUACUACGGCUGUAGGCGGGCCAGCUUCUGUAGCAACCGUGAAACCCCAUCCAACAGUGCAAAAACAGUCUUCCAAACAGAAGAAGGCUAUUCAAACUGCUAUCCGCAAAAAUAAAGAGGCAAAUGCAGUGCUGGCCCGGUUGAACAGUGAACUCCAGCAGCAGCUCAAGGAGGUUCAUCAAGAACGGAUUGCAUUGGAAAACCAACUGGAACAACUUCGUCCAGUCACUGUGUUGUGACCCCCAAGAUUCAAGUAACAGUGGGUGACCUUUCCUGCCAAGAUCUUUCCUUUGAAUGUUUCAACGCAGCUACUUGUCAUAGAUGUCUGAGACUGUGUCAAAAGCUCUUAGCGGCGGAAUAUAAUCCAUAUCACCUUUUCUUUUGUGCUUCACGUGUACGUUUUACUGUGGUGGAAAAAAUACAACUGAUUAUCACACUUGAAAUUGUAACUAUCAGUGGGAUUUACCUCCCAUUCUUAAGUACUUUCUCAAGGUGUUAGAUGUUGCUCCUUACCCAAAACCAAUCUUCUAGCAAAUAAAAACAAUU